UCUAGGGCGCGGCAUUGCGUCAAUGACGCAAAUAUGAUAACAUGCCCGCAUAAAUAGAAAUCAUGUGCGGGUAAAAUCCCGCAGAAAUACGCCUGUGUACGCAUUAUGUCAAAUUGAGGGCGAGAAAACUCGUCCUGGACAUUUUGCUUCGAGACACGGGAAACGAGAUUACUCGUUUUGGAAAACCCCUUUGUUCAACGUCAUCGUAUUAAUAGCUAUCAACCGUGAACCAAUCAAAUCACUUGUCAGGGGGAUUCUAUAUACACGUCAUAUCAUUUCUGUGCGUUGAUUAGUCGGUUACAAGGUUAGCAAAGGUCACAUUAAAGGCUAUUCAUAAAACGAAAGUACUUCGUCAGAAAAUGGCGGACCAACAAUUUUUUUUGAUCAAAUGCUUCGGGGAUUUAGGUAGUGAAGCCAUUUUCGACGGUAUUGAAGUGGGAUAUAUAGUAGCAUUGGAGUUAAAUGAUUAUCCUUCAUUCGAUAUGAUUUAUUUGUACAAUGACGAUGAUAUUGUGCGGGAUCUAGCCGCGAGAUAGAGACGGUACAGAAUUGACAACAACCCGAUUCCGACAUUAUCGGCAACGCAGACUGGUUUAUGUGAAAAUUGAAUAAGAUGGUCAAGUUUGAAAGGUAACACAUUGAAAAAAACUAUAAACAUCUGCAGUGUCGAAAAUGAGUAGCGAAAUGGAGAUCGAUUCAGUUGGAGACCCUAUAGGUGACCUUGGACAGUUUUCUCAACAUAAACUUCUCCUAGAUGUGGACAGCGAGCUGGACUCCGUAGACAUAGAAAACAUGAAAUUUUUAUGCCAUGAUGUCAUUCCAUUGAGCAAGCUUAAAACGAUUGACAGAGGAAUUGAUUUAUUUGUGCAACUGGAAAAUGCAAACAGGAUUUCUCCCAAAAAGGGAAACAUGGAAAUGCUUGUUGAAAUUUUGUUCAGAGUGAGAAGACUUGAUUUGGUAAAGAAGUUGGGAAGAAAUUCUAAGGAAGUGAAGAGAAAAUAUGGUGGACCUGACCGUGCCAUCUCGACAAACUUGUUGCCCUUCAGAAAUUUGUUAUAUGAGCUUAUCGAGGAGUUAACUGAAGAGGAUUAUGUUACAACAAAGUUUGUGCUACAAAGUCAGUUUGGAAGAGGAACAAUGGCUAAGUUAAAGUCAAUGAUGGAGUUCUUUACAUUUCUCGAGCGAGAACAAGAGAUUGAAGCGAUGGAUGUUAGCAUUCUAUACAAAAUAAUGGACAUUGUGAAAAGGUCAGACCUGAAGGACAAAAUCAAAGAAUACGAAAAAUAUCCGUACAAGAAGGGUAGACCGGGCCCACCUCUGCCCCCAGUCGCAGGACUUGGAGUUGGGCCUACGCAGACGCCAAUGAUUGUGGAUACAAUCCCGGUAAAAGCCUCGCCACCGUCACCGGGUGACAUUGAAAUGGAGGACACAAGUCAGAAUUUUCUACCAGCAGGAAAAGGGAUCCUCGACAGCCAUCUGGCGAGCAUUAGUGUAGAACUUUCAAAGGAACCAAAAUGGAGGAUAUUAUGUACAGAACUUGACAUAAGUAUUGAUGAUUUGGACGAAUUAACAGCGACAUCAGAUACUGUUUCAGGAAAGAUAUACCUUAUGUUAACCUAUUGGAGGGAAACCAUUGUGAAUAACAGCCCCGAUGCUGGUCGUUUGUUGUACUUGGCCAUGUACAAGUCAAAUCUUCCGGUUCUGGCAUUACAACUUGCCAUGAAGAAUUUAUUUCCAGGAGUAGUGAUCGAACCCAUUCCAAAUAGUCCCGAUGAUAAUACAGAGACAAUGGAGGAACAAGUUAAUCCCAAGACACAGCCAAUUCCCACUGUUACUCCAGGCACUGACUCCAACAACGAAAACCAGCCUCCUGUGGCUCACAUACCUCCUCGUCCCCAAGACCCACCACCAGACCAAGGCAGAGAGACAAUUAUGCCAGAAAACAACAUCAUUCAUGGAGGAGAAGCGCAGAUUUCCAUUGUCGGGCCACCAAAUCCAACAACAACAAAUCAACAAAUGGGUGGUCCAUACACUAAUAAUAAAGUUGAUGGCAGAAUGCCUGGAGCUGUUCAACUACCCAGAGCAGAAAGAAAUGAGACAGAACAACAGAGACAGGACAACGAGCUAGUACGCCAAACCCAGCGUGUCAAUAUUGACAAUGAGCUGGAUCUACCUAGCUACAAAAUGGAUGCAAAACCAAGAGGUGUUUGUGUGAUCAUCAACAACGAGAAAUUUUACAAGGUACCAGGUGAUGACUGCAGCAAGGAAAUGCCAGACCGCAUCGGGACACACAGAGACGCAGAGAGAUUGACUACCGUUUUCCGAAAGCUUGACUUUAGAGUUGAAACAUACAACAAUCAGACCGAUAUUGAGAUGGCUCAGCUGCUGAGCGGCGUAGGUUAUCGUAAUCACAAUGAUUUCGAUUGCUUUGUCUGCUGUAUUUUGACCCACGGGGCUUCAGGACACAUCUUUGGAAGUAAUGGAAAGAUGGUGAGGAUUGAUAUAUUGACAGGAUUUUUCCGGGCUCAGGUGUGUCCAUCUCUAGCUGGGAAACCAAAGCUGUUCUUUAUCCAGGCCUGUCAGGGAAGGGACAAACAAGGAGGCUAUGACAUUGAAGCAGACACUGCCCCAAUACCAAUGUAUCAGCCAGAAAGACGAGACUUAAUGGUCGACAUUAAUGGACGAGAGAUGAUUCCGGAUGAGGCAGAUUUUAUUCUCGGGUAUGCAACUGUACCAGGUUAUGUGUCCUACCGGAGUCGGAGCCAGGGCAGCUGGUUCAUCAACAAACUUGUUGACAUGCUCGACAAAUAUGCCUACAGGUACGACCUGCUGAGUGUGUUGGUGAAGGUGAAUGAGGAGGUGGGGAACGCCAUAGCCAAUAUUGAUGGAGGGCAGUACAAACAGAUUCCAGCUCCCCUGGUUACGCUAAGGAAGAAACUCUACUUCCGCUGAACCUACCCUUCGGGUCAUGGAUUAUUUUUUUUAUUUUUUUUUUUAUUUUGUGAUAUGUUGAUUUUAAUUUGAAGCAUUUGUAUUGUUGCUGUACAUCUUAUCAAAUUCAAAAUCUGAAGAGUUGAGAAAUAUUUCAUAAAUUUUAUAUGAAACGGAAGUUUAUGUAAGAUUCUGUUUGUCAUUUAAACAGAAAUCACGAAAACCUAAUUUUCUCAGACUGACUUGAAAUUUGAAAUCUGAAUUGUUUGUGACAUCAUAAUGCUGUUGGGUGUCUAAGGCUAAAGAGUUUUGAUGUCAAUCCCUGAUUUUUUUUCCAAAUACAUUUAAGUUUAAACCAAUUUUCAUAACACUUCCAAAUAUUUCUAAUUUAUCCUUUAACUGGUUCAUGAUUGUUUGUCAUUGUUAAAAUCAUGUUAAAACAUGCGAUAGUAUACAGUUACGGACUUUUGGGAAUGUGCAUAUGAUGUUAAUAUGAACCUGAAAAAGUGAUAUUGUCCGAGUUUUUGAGAACUGGUCACGUGUAUAGGAUCCAGCCAAUGGGUUUGCAAGAAAUUAUUAAAUAAAUUAUAAUGUACCCUGUGGAUGCCUUCAGGAUCAUUUCAUUUUAUAUUGUGGUAUUAAAUAUUUAACUCAUCCUAUCAUGAUUGUUUGGAAAUUGUCCAGUGCCCUAAUAUUUGUAUUUUGGCUAAUAUUCUGAAGAAAAAAAAUGCUUUAAUAGUUGAUAGCUAAUUUGAAGCCUUGUCAUGAUAACUGGGUCCUGCUGUAUUGAAAUUCAUAAUCUCAAAACAAAGCAAAGUCAAAGUAUCAUAUAUAUCUAGUAAAAUUUUAUAUUCAUAAGAAUUGAAAAAAGAACACUUAUUUCCUUGGAUGAAAAACUAUCAUCAUAUUACAACAAGAAUUACGUGUAAUUAUAUGUCUCGCCGUUACCUGCUUUGUGUUUUCACACACAAUUUAUGCUUAUAGCAUUUUAAAAUAAAUUCCGUCAGAGAGGAGAAUCUUCAUAACCAUGUGGUAAGCUGCGAAUACAGGUUUUACCCCUGGAUUUAAUGAGUAAGACGGCAUUUUCUCGAAAACAAUAAAGUGGUACCGGUACAUAUAUUCCGCUUUUAUCACAUGCGUACUGUCGGGUUUUACCGCUGGAUUUAAUGAGUAAACGGCAUUUUCUCGAAAACAAUUAAGUGGUACCGGUACAUAUAUUCCGCUUUUAUCACAUGCGUACAUGUCAGGUUCUACCACUGAAUUUAAUGAGUAAGACAGCAUUUUCUCGAAAACAAUAAAGUGGUACUGGUACAUAUAUUCCGCCUUUAUCACAUGCAUACAUGAAAACUGAGAUGGAUGCAUUUAUGGGUGUAGCUAAUAUGCACUGUUAAAUAUGUGCAAUGAAGUGUUUCUGAAAGUAAAUAUGCUUAAUAACUGUAAAUACUUAAGGUGGGUAUAAAAAUCAAAGUAAAUCUGACAAUUAGUAAAAAAAUUAUGUCCAAUUAUAAAAAUCACCCAAAAUUCUAAGUUUUCUGCCCAAGAAAUGGAGCCAAGCAUUUGAAAUCUCUGUUUCCAACCCGCAAUACAAAUGGAUCCAAGCAUUUCAAAUCUCUGUUUGUAAACCGAAUUUACCUACUGAGCUAAAAACAAAAAUUUAACAUUAGCUGGCCAAAAAACACAAAAAAUCCCCAAAAAUUGAUAUGGUCAUUUGAGCAAGAAACCUGUAAUAUAUGUUGAAGUACAGUGUAUACUGAAGGUUUGUAUUAAAUUGGAAGUAAAUCUGACAAUUAUUAAAGAAGUUAUGUCCAAUUCUCAAAAUCACCUAAAAUUCUAUGUUUUUGGCCCAAAAUAUGUAUAAAAAAGAAGAAAAAAAUGGAAAACAAAAAAAUCCCAACUUUGACUUCAUUAUAUGAAAGGUAGACUCCAAAAGAACCUUCACGCAAAAUUUCAACACCGUAAUGCCAUUAUUAACUGAUUAAGAAGCAUAAAACGAAAACUUAACGUUGAGCUAAACGCAAUGUUUGAUGCCAUCGCCGUUGUGGGAAAAGCAACACCUUAGUCUCGCUUUCGCUCCUCCGACGUGGCAAGAAAAAUUAUGGAAAUAUUCAUAUUUUUAAACAAUCACUUAAACACAAUUGAUUUACCAAUAGUUUUAAUUCAUCACUGGGUACAAAAGCUUUAUACAGCAGGGGCUUUGUUUUCUUCUUGAAGCGAUGCAAUCCUCAUAGUGCUGUGGGUUGCUAAACAUAUGCUUAAAACAUGGUUGAAAUCUUCUUGUAGAAACUUAUAUCAAAUAAUGUAUGACAUUUUCUGUUGUAAAUAUGAGUGCAAAGCAAUUAUCUAUGGAAGAUUUAACUGUAAAUAAAUGUAGUAUUACUGCAAAUGUCAACCAAUUGUUUUAAAAUAUUUUUGUACAUUUGUGUGAGAAAUACAAUAGUGUAUUACAUUUAGAUAAAUAAUUUGAUAUAUUUUGUUGUUAUAUGUUAACAUUUAGCUCACAUGAAGUAAUCUGUGACCUUUGCUUAUAUGCUCUCACUUGUGGUUCCAGGUCAUUUAGAAUCAUACCUUUGCUAAUAUAAACUUACCUGUGGUUCAAGGUCAUUAAGAACCAUUCCUUUGCUUACAUAUGCCUCACUUUGGCCUUUAGUUGAGCGUUCGCCCCUGUUAGGAAGGCUUUGGGUUCUGCCCCCUUGCUGAGACAUACCCGAGUCUGUAAAAAUGGUAGUUUCUACUCCUGCUUAACUUAACACUCAGCAAUUUAGGAGUGAGACGACU